CUCACCAUUGUACCUUCAAGAUUUUGCCCUGAGGAUAACUAUACUACCCACGAAAGACUCACCGGAAAAAACAAAAACGAGAGAAAAGAAGAAAAACAGAGCCAGCCAAAAACCCAUCUUUCAGCUGUCUCUAACACAAACAAUCCCCCACUCAUUAGUGCUUUUGUGUCUAUAUCAAAUGAUACCAUCUAUCACUGUAAAGCUCACUCCCCUUGAUCUUCUUUUUUAGAACACAGAUGGAUCUGAAGUUGCACUGAGAAAGUGAGUCUGAAAAGCGAAGUCAUGAGAAGUUUAUGAGUAUGAAGAAGCUCUCUUAAUUUGACCUGUUUGAAAUUAGGAUAAUCUCUUCUAGUGUUUAAAAAGAAGGGGAGGCUCUCUUAACAAAGGUAUUAUAUUGUAUAAGGACUGCCUGAGGAAAAAGAUAUCAUGUUUUCAUCUUCCUGUUGUAAUAGCAAUACUGUAAGUCCUUUUCAACCUAACUUUCCCUUUCCUUCUACAAAUCCUCCUCCUCCUCCUCCUCCUCCUCCUCCUCCUUCUCCUUGUGUUAACCUAGUAACCUGCACUGGAGAGAUUUUGUUUCACCACAUUCAUGAUUCCCUCUGUGGUCAAUUUUCACACCAAAAUAUUUCUUUAAUGGGCCCCUCUGCUCAUCAAACCCUAACCCAUUUGGGAGUUUCAUCAAACACUGUUCCUCCUAGUAUAAAUGCCCCCGCAUCUUGUGGAGAUCAUCAUCAUCAUCAGUACAGUAACUAUGGUCGCAUUGGUAGUGAUAAUAUUACUCCUUAUUUUCUUCAUUCCACUAGGCAAGAUGUAGUAGUAGCACCGGCGAAGAAAGACCGGCACAGCAAGAUCUUCACCGCUCAGGGCUUGAGGGACCGGAGGGUAAGGCUGUCCAUCGACGUUUCCCGUCAGUUCUUUGACCUCCAAGACCGGCUAGGGUUUGACACGGCAAGUAAAACCCUAGAGUGGCUACUAAACAAGUCCAGAAAGGCCAUCAGGGAUCUCGGAACACGGAAGAAUAACUUGAGCUGCAGUUCUGAGUGGUCCAAGAGUUUGUCUUCCACUUCCGAGUGCAAGGAUGUUGUUCCGGACAUAAACGAGGUGGAUAAUCAUGUAGUCAGCAAAGAAAAAGAGAUGGUGAUGAUGAAGUUGAAAGAAUCUGAAUCUGCCGGGGCUUAUGUUGCGAAGGAAUCGAGGGCAAAGGCAAGAGCAAGGGCAAGGGAAAGGACAAGAGCAAAAAAGGUGUGCAUUACUAGUAGGAGGCCUCAUCAGAUCUUGAACCAAAUGAACUUAUUCAAUGAGCAGCUUAAUGAUCAUGAAACAAACAUCUCAUCCUCAUCGAAGGUUAAUUUUGGAGAUCAUCAUGUGAAUCAAGAACUGGGAUCCCUCUUGGAUAAUCAAGCUCAUCAUCAUCAUUGUCAGGAGGAGGAUCAAUCUGCUUUGAUCAAAAGAAACAAAAUGAAGUUAUCGGUAGUUUCAAAUUAUAAUACUACUGAUCAGAGUUCCAGCAGCAGCUACCUCCAAUUUACCAAUUCAUCUCAAUAUUGGGACAUCAAUGGCUCGUUCCCCAUGCCCGAGCAUUAAUUGUGCCACUGCCACCAUAAAUUUUAAUUUCCACUGGAACUGAAAUCUUGGGAGGGUUAAUUGCGGAAUUAACUGGCAAAUACAUCGAUUAUCUUCCAAUUUAUUAACUUCGAUCGAAGAAGUAAGCUAUAUUUUGUUCAUGUAUUUCUUUGAAUGCUCAUUAGAUUAUCCACUGUUUUACAGCUCCCCAAGAGUUACAAAACAUGAUCCAAUUGGAGAUGGUUUUCCUUAGCAACGCAUAACCAGUACUUGAUCAGAAUUUUAUAUAGACCCCUACAAGUAUGCAUUUCUUUAUGUUAAAACCACGUCCCUUAUGAAAACAUCAAAUGACAUUGAUGAGGUAUUUGUUAGUUGUAAUGCCUUUUUUUGUUUAAUAGUUUAGCUUAUGCUGUAAACAUUUCUAUUCGAAUUUAAUAUAAGGUACCAUUUAAGCAGGUAUAAAUAUGCUAUAAUUAAACAAUCAAAACACACCACAUAGGUGUA